AUGGUCAACAGACACGGUUCUAGAAAGGAGCGGAUAUGCCCUUGGUGCUCACAAUCAUUCUCCAAAGACGAGCAUCUCGCAAGACACAUUCGGAGCCAUACGAAAGAGAAGCCAUUCUCUUGCCCGACGUGUAGGAAAGCUUUUACGCGACACGACUCACUUCUACGACAUUCAAGAUCACAUUUCGAAGAACAACAACGGGUUCGUGGUUCACAGCAUUCGGCUCAAGAGGAUUUGUCAUCUUGCACGGCCGACACGCUCUCGGAUCUUCUUAAUUCUGCUAUAGAGACAGGUAACUCCAGGAUUUUCCAGGCAGCUGCUACUACAACAACAUCGCCAUUUACUCAGUCACCACCAUCAACUCAUGGACCCCCGGCCACUCAUUCUCUUCCUUAUGAAUAUGACUCGACGAUGGGCGUGGGAGCAAUGUCCAGCUGGUCUGGGCCGAUGGAUACCAGCAACAAUCAAUUUUCACUUCUCACUGAUAAUCUGAACAGACCUGAAACAGCCAAUAUCAACAUGACGAACAACUGGAUGUUUAGUCCCAGCCAGCAGUUUCCUGGGUGGCUGGUCGAUGAGGAGUUCGACCUCAGUGCGUUGUGUGCAAAUAUACCACCAUCUGGUACCUCUCUUCCUAUGGACUGGGCCAGUUAUGGGUUCUUCGCCAAUGAUAGAGUUCAGAUGAACUACAGCGAGGCUAACAUCAUUAUUGAAGCCCCUGCGGGUAUCAUCGGUGAAUCGAAAGAAGAAAAAGUCAAACGGCAGUGGUUUACAUAUUUGGGUCCCGAGCGAAGUGGGCAGGCUACUCCAGACGGUAGCAAUGAGUCUACGUCUGUCGAUGAGAGAUAUAGGGAGGAUUUAUCUCGCGAGCUUCAGCAGCGACGGAUAACCUAUGAGCCGCUUCCAUCUACUGAUUUUUUGAAUUUAUGCAUACAAAUGUACUUUACCCGAUUUCAUCCGAUUUUUCCAAUCGUGCAUGCGCCGACAUUUCGACCAUCUGCAAAGCGAUCUUUGCUACUGAUCUCAAUAUGCUCCGUGGGAAGUCUAUUUGUAGGUUCACCAUAUGCGAUGGUUCAGGGGAACAGACUAUUUGAACGGCUGAACAAGGCUAUUCUCGCAUCCUGGGAAAUGUACUUUGUCCGAGGUGCACCGGAUGCGCUGGCAAUGACCCAAGCCGCUUUGCUAGGUCAGACAUUUGCCAUGCUCUCAGGUAAUCCGAGACACAUUGUAUUGUUUCAAACGUUUCAUGGGACGCUCAUAGCAUGGGCUCGAAGGCAGAAUAUGUUUGAUCAAGACAUGUCAGCCAUGUACUCUAGUGAUAUACAAUCAGAUGUUGAAGCAUCGUGGAGAAAGUGGAUAUACAAUGAGGAGAAACGGCGGGUCGCAGUUGGUCUCCGAAUACAUGAUACAGAGUCUGCAGAACUAUUCAUGACGGAGCCUUUUCUACGAUUCUCGGCGGCAACAUGGACAAUCUCGUCUGGCGAGCUAUGGACUGCGCCGACUUCUAAUGCCUGGGCCCAUGCUUUGGGAGAACGUAAAGAUCAAAACACCAAUUUCGAGUAUAGCCCGCCGUUAUCUACGGAUCGUUAUGAGAGGGACAUUCCGGAGUUAUCGUCUACAUAUCCAGAACUCGCACUCUACGCCUUUCUGGAAGGGAUGUCAAGCCAAAUUAUGGAGCGAGCAUCUAUACAACAGUGUCUCACAGAGACAUCACAAGAACUUACGCCAAAAUUGGUUAUCAUUUAUAACAGCCUCCUUCGCCAACAACUACAGUUGGAUAAUUUCAGUCUGAAGGCACUCUGGCAUUCAAUAUUUAUACUCCUACAUUGCAACAUGAACAAACUUGAAUGCGCCAUUGGACGGGAAGGAUGUGAAAAGGCGCAAGACCAUGUAGAGUAUGCAACUAGCUGGGCAUCUUCGGUGGAUGCUCAUCGAUGUGCUAUUCAUGCCGCUUUAAUUCUACGACAUCUGCAACGUAUCCCUAUCGGACAAGAGCCGGGUAUACAUGUACCACGAUUGCUUUACCGCUCUACUUUGGUUUGGUACGCUUAUACGCGAUUUGGUCGAGAUGGCGGGACUGCAUCUACUACUAAUGAGCUCAACUUCCCGGAAUUGAAUGGAACUGGCAUUGACACAGGACGAGUAUUAUUCGCCGCCAACGGUUUCAAAAAGAGUCGACCCACGACGUCGGAAUCGAGUACUUUGUUCCACCUGAUUGAUCUUCUAGCGCGGCUGGGUCAUUGGGGCAUUAGUCAAAAGAUGGCAUCGUUGUUUUCGGUUUUGGUGCAUAAUCAUGAUGUCUGA